CUGUGCGCUAUCCAGCAGCACCCGGUGAGUGUGCAGACCAAAUCGUGUGCGUGCUUCUGUCCGCUCGCGAGCGUGCGUCUGACAGUGUGCUGCCGCUGCCGUCGAGCGCGCCAAUCACUCGCACUUACCCCCCGGACGCCGAAAUCGUCGGUUUACCCGCUUUGUACCUGUGCCUGUGUGUGUGUGUGUGUGACAGUGUGUGUGUGUGUCUGCUUUUGCCGCCGUCGCCGUAUUUCGUCGACAUGUGGUGCAGCCGCCGUCGUCGGUCGACUACUUCGCGCCACCGGCACCGGUCCGCCGACCGUAUCUGAACUUAAGCGGUUCGCCGUCGUCCACAUACUGUAUAGCACAAGCACAAUGGCAGACUGACCAAUGUGUUCUACCGGUUUUGGUGAAAGGGUAUCGUCGGGCGGUGGUCCUUGCUGAUGUCCGGCCGCAGAUGGGAUGGAGAAGGCGGCCGCGGCGGGAUAGAGUCCGAGGAGGAGGAGGCCGGCGUGGGCCUUAUGUCCGGUGUCAAGUCCGUCGUCGAGGCAGAAUCGUCGUUCGGCGGUGCCGGAAGUGCGCGAAGCCCGCCCGGACCGUCCAACUGCGGAGUUAGAAAAUCCUCGGGACACGUGCUUGUCUGGAACCAACCGGAACUAGAUGAGCUGACCGCCACCGAAAACCACAACGGCUACAGCCAUCGACCCGUGCCGUCCAAAGCAUGGAUCGGGGCACGUCACAUAGUGACGUUCAUGUUAUUCCUUGGCAUGGCCAACGCCUAUAUAAUGAGGACCAACAUGUCCGUGGCCAUAGUGGCUAUGGUGAAUCAGACGGCGCUGGAAAGGGAUCCAACCAUUCCAGACGACGAAUGUGAUGGGUACUAUACGCCUGUCGCAAACUCCACCACAAACAGCGUAUCCAACGAAGGAUCGUUUUUAUGGAGCACGUCCCAACAAGGAUACGUACUGAGUUCCUUCUUCUACGGAUACGUCAUAACGCAGAUACCGUUUGGGAUAUUGUCGAAGAAAUAUGGAGCUAAAUAUUUCCUAGGCGUCGGCAUGCUCAUCAAUUCAAUAUUCGGGUUCUUGGUGCCGUUGUCGGCCAACUUUGGCAUUUUUUCGUUGAUCGCCAUUCGAUUUAUCCAGGGACUGGGUGAAGGUCCCAUAGUUCCUUGUACUCACGCAUUGCUCGCCAAAUGGAUCCCCCCGAACGAGAGAAGCAGAAUGGGAGCAUUCGUCUAUGCAGGAGCGCAGUUUGGAACGGUGAUUUCAAUGCCACUCAGUGGAGUGCUGUCCGAAUAUGGAUUUGCCGGUGGUUGGCCGUCGAUAUUCUAUGUGUUUGGUGCCAUAGGAACCUUAUGGUCGGUGGCUUUCUUGUGGUUUGUUCACGAGGAUCCCGAGUCUCAUCCAACCAUACCGCACGACGAGAGAAAAUACAUCAUCAGCUCCGUUUGGGGCGCUGCUGGUGUAUCUUCUCCGCCGGUGCCAUGGAGGAGUAUAUUAAAGUCGGCUCCGUUCUGGGCGAUAUUAGUCGCUCACAUGGGUCAGAAUUACGGAUAUGAAACGCUCAUGACCGAGCUGCCGACUUUCAUGAAACAAGUGUUGCACUUCAAUAUAAAAGCUAACGGAACAUACUCGUCACUGCCGUACCUAGCUAUGUGGUUAUUUUCAAUGGUGGCCAGCCACAUAGCUGAUAUGAUGAUCUCUUCCGAGAGGUUCUCACACACUGUUACACGCAAAAUCGUCAAUUCCAUCGGUCAAUUUGGUCCAGCUAUUGCGUUGAUCGCUGCUUCUUACACGGGAUGUGAUCCGUACCUGACUGUUGCAAUACUGACAGUGGGCGUCGGCCUGAAUGGCGCUAUUUACUCGGGAUUCAAAGUGAACCAUCUAGACAUAUCGCCGCGGUUUGCCGGAAUAUUAAUGAGCCUUACCAACUGUCUUGCCAACCUGGCAGGACUGUUGGCCCCGAUCGUCGCCGGAUACGUUAUCGAUAAAAGGCCCACACAAGCGGCCUGGAGGAUUGUGUUCAUCACUUCGGCGUGCGUUUACAUGGUGUGCUGUACUAUUUAUUUAGUGCUCGGUGACGGCACCAGACAGCCGUGGGACAACCCGUCCAACGAUCACCUGAACAGCAAACAGCACAAAAAGAAGCAGAAAGAUAUCGAGACCACCAUUCAGUGAACAACAGCAGCCAUCCGUCUCCCGUUUUAUCCCAAAUCAAAUUCCACCACCAACGGUCCGUUCCCGUAAUGAACCCGUGCUCUCCCGCUCCCGACACACCCCUUACUCCCAUAAUACCGCCCGCCCGUCUUCUCCGCCCUUUCUGUAAGACACUCUCUUGUGGACCUCGAUUGAAACGAGGACUAUACGUGUGUGUGAGUGUUGUCUAGAUUUUACUGAUUAAAAGCAAGCGCGUCUGUGAAUAGGUUUCAAAAACGAUAUUAUUAUUCUACGUAACAGUAUAUUAUUGUUGAUAUAUGUAUACACUCUUUAUUUAAUAUUUUAUUUAACAAAAAAACCUAAAUUUUUUUUUAGAUUUACAUUAAAUUUUACUCGGGUGUCGAAUCUUGACACCAUAGAAAGCACAUUCUAUUAAUUAUAUUUUUUUAUAAUAUUAAUAUUCGAUAAAAGAUAGAUGAUUAUUGUCUAUUUUUAAAUAUAAACAUUAUUAUCAAACUGAUAUAUACAUAUACAUAUAAUAUAUGUAUAUUAUAUAUUAUAAUGAUAAGUUUAAUUUUUUUUUUGUUUCGUUCUGUAUGUAUGACUACUUAGCUUUAAAAUUAAAAAAAAAAUUAAAUAAAAAAAAAUUGUGAUAUUGUUAGUAGCGUAUUAUUAUUGUUCCGGGGAAAUAAAAUAGCCUGAUGUGUUCUUAAAUUUUCUCUCAAAAUGUAUGUCUUCCCCAGUCAAUACAAUAUUCAACUACUCCCUCUUGAAUUGUUUUUAUUACUUAUGAUUGUACUUUGAUGGGUUUUUCAUUAGCAAACGAAUGCAUUCAAUGUAUACAUUCAAACGUGUUAUGUGUAAAUGUAUAUCAUACCAUAAAAUAGAUGCACCGAUUUAAACGUUAUACGCGUAUAAAUAAUGUCAGGUUUGCAUCGAAGCUAAAGAAAUGUUAUUAUUAUUUUCAACACAUUUUAUGAUCUUGGUGUUCCUUCGUCUAGCUCAAAUAUUUGUUGUUUUUUUACGUUAAUUAUUGACCGUGACAAAUAGCGCAAUACGUUAAUGAAAAUACGAUCUUAAGCAAUAAAUACAAAAUUAGAUUUUAUCUGUUUAUUGAUUCUUCUGUAGAUUACAUUUUUUUUUUGUGGGGGUUGGUUUUUUUUUUAAUGUGUACGUUAUACAGUCGUCCAAACUCGUUGACAUAUUUUUUCUCAAAUCCUCAAUAUUUCCAUCGGCGAAACAUUAUCGAUCAGUAUUUUUGUUCACAUACAUACACACGAUACAUAUUUUAUUUUUCAAUUCUUAUUAUCACCAAAUACAUUUUUUCCAAUGUGAUAGUUAUUAAUUAUUAUAU